CCAAUGUGAUGCAACCUUGGCUCUGCCCCGCCUACACACAGGGUUACCGUGCACGUGGUGACAGGUUAGUCAGAUUGUUUGCGGACUUGGAUACCGAGGUGUUAGGCACGUUUGGUGACAGUGAAUUUUAAGAAGACCUCAAGACACGACUGUAAUGAUGAUGGUCGGUGCUACUCUAGUUGUGCUCCUACUGUGGUGCAGUGCAUCAGUCGGUGUGGAAACAGGACGGCCCCGGUACCACAACACGGCAGAAAUGGAGGCGGCGUUACGCGCAGUGGCUGACGCCUGUCCUGACAUCACACGGCUCUACAGUAUAGGUACCAGCGAGGAGGGAAGGGAACUGUGGGUCCUGGAAAUCAGCGACAACCCAGGCCAGCAUGAACCAGGUGAACCCGAGUUCCGAUACACAGCAAACAUCCAUGGGAACGAAGUGUUGGGGCGGGAACUCCUGCUGUACCUGGCCAACUACCUGUGUUCUCGGUACCAGGCCGCAGAAUCUCGCGUGACCAGGCUUGUUGACGAGACUCGGAUUCACCUCAUACCUUCCCUCAACCCAGAUGGAUAUGAGAAGGCUGCUGAACUGGGUCACCAAAGCUACCGGACCAGUUCUGCUCACGGAGACUACGGGCGGUACAACACCAGGGGGGUCAACCUGUACAGGGACUUUCCUGGGUUGGGGAAGGUCCUGUUCACCAACAGAAAUAACAACCACAAGGUGCAGAACAACCACCUCAGGAUACCCGACUCCUAUUGGUCACGUCAGAUUGCCAACGAAACGAAAGCGUUCCUGAAAUGGGCAGAGAUAUACCCCUUCGUGCUCGGCGCCAACCUACACGGGGGCAGCCUCGUGGCCGUGUACCCUUUCGACCUGGGACAGAACCCGUCCGAUCUCUCCUCCUACUCCGCAACCGCAGAUGAUGAGUUGUACCGCCACCUAGCGGGGACGUACGCCAGGGCACACCCCACCAUGGCGAAAUGUGGCGCCCGCGUGACAUGUGACAACCUCAACACCACCUGCAAUGGAGGAAUCAAAAAUGGCGCCAGCUGGUUUUCAGUGCCAGGAUCGUUGCUAGACUAUAGCUAUCUGGGUACCAACGCAAUGGAGGUAGCGCUGGAGCUGGGGUGUGACAAGUUCCCUGCACCGGACGAGCUGCCUCGACUGUGGAACGACAACAGAGAGCCGCUACUGUCCUACUUGGAACAGGUGCACAUCGGAAUCAAAGGUUUCGUGCGGAACAACAAGGGCCAUGGGAUGCCUGGAGCCGCCAUCUCCGUACAGGGGAUACAGCAUGACAUCACAACCGCUAAAGACGGUGACUAUUGGCGGCUCCUUGUACCGGGGACAUACAGAGUCACUGCCUACUGGAAGAGCUACGAGGAAACCAAAACAUGCGAGGUCACCAGAGACGGACCUGCCACAACCUGCGACUUCACCCUGCACACCGAUCUCACUUCCGACAUGCACUCCUUCCUGAAGAAUAACAUUCCAGAUGUUGAGGCAUCACCUUCCGGUGUUGCAGGACAGUACCAGCCGUGUGCUGCUAUAGCAGCGUAUCUUAUUACUUCAACGGUCACAAUCCUAUACACGAUAUACUGGGACAAUGAUUCUUGAAAAAAUUGAUGUGGUCCAAUGGCAUUGUUUGGAAAUAUUUCCAUAUAGAAUCUAUUGACUAGGUACAGUACAUGUAUUUUUAAUUGUCGAAUAUCUAUUUUUCUUGUAUGGUCUGCACAUUCAAUGCAAAUGAGUUCGUUUUACCGACAUAGUCGGAUCACUUCCUUGUAAUAAAUGCUCCCUGUUACAUUCAUUGAACAAAAUAGCACUGACAAAGAAUAGACUAUAAUGAAUAUGAAGUGUCUAUGGUUGCUACACUAGUAAGCUAUUCCUUUGAAUAAUGGCCCAAGGCGCCUCCGGAUUUUAACUUCU